UACAUGGCAGCGGUGACCGUGGUUGGCGGUGCGACUGUGGCAGAAAGUUUCUCCCCCGACGGCUCAAGUCUGAAGCUGGGGGUGUUUUCCACUCCCGUUGCCAUGGAGACCGUAUUUCGACUUCUGCCAGAAGAUUCGUGCACCUGGAUGAAAGCAAAUCAGAAGCAUCGAGCUCGUCUGUGCGCCCACUCCGAUGGCUAUGGGGAUCUUUGUGACUGUUCUGUCCAAGUGCCUCAGAUUCUUCUUCCCCAGCCCAAACCGCUGCCAUAUGACGGCUUGCGCGGCGUUGUCGUGCUGGUUAUUGCGGGCAAUAGACCUUCUUCCCUCUACAGAUGCCUAUUCACUCUUCUCACCCAAAACGGAGUGAAUAAAUCCCGGUUUCUGGUGAGCAUUGAUGGCCAUCACGCAGCUGUUGAAGCUUUACUCGACGUCCUCGGGAUAGCUUGGAUCCAGAACGACAUGAGCGUAGACGACUUCCCUGCAGAAGGCCGCAACAGCUCAGGGUUCCGUAUUUCCCGGCACUACAUUUUUUCGCUAGAAGGCGCAUUCAGCAAAUUUCCGGAGGCACAACGCGUCAUCAUCAUGGAGGAAGACCUCCUGGCCUCACCUGACUUUUUUGAUUACUUUGGCCAAACCGCGUGGCUCCUGGACGCUGAUCCGUCUCUGUACUGCGUCUCUGCAUGGAACGACCACGGCGCCUUGCACACAUCAAGAGACAUCAGGCGGCUGUACAGGAUCGAGACCCACCCUGGCUACGGCUGGAUGAUGAAGAGGUCAUACUUCGAGGCCGUUGUUCAGGAAUGGAAGAACAUCACUGGCGACCAUGACUGGGACAUAUGGAUGCGUUCACCGCACUUGAGGGCGGAGCGGGAGUGCGUCGUGCCGUCUGUGUCGCGCAGCUUCCACUACGGCAUCGUCGGCGCCCACGUCAACGGGGUGCUCACCCUCGCGCACUUCACCGGCCACCUCAUGUCCGCCGCGCGCACGCAUGUGCACCUCAAAACUGAAGUUCUUCUGCAGUCAAAUUAUGAGCGGCACAUAUACGAGCUUCUUCUUGGCCCAAGUACCGUAUAUUUGAACUCUACGUUGAGUCCUUGCCAUCCUGAAAUGCUCCCGAAGAAUUUCACGGAAGGGCCUCUGGUGGUGGCGUUCGAAAUGGUGUCGUCCGACGACCACACUGCGUGGGCCAGGCUGGGAGGUUGCCAUGGCUUGUGGAACCUGGAUACGAGGGGCCAUCACCGCGGGCUUUUCCGGUUUGAUUAUUACAACACAUCAGUGAUGGCCGUUGGCUACCCCUUCAGUGAAUACAGCUGGAUACUGCCACCUCAUGUGCACGUGAUCCGCUCAUUAGAAAAUGACGAAGAGCGGGAGGAACUUGGCAAAUUGUCUACACAGAACCGCAUGCGGUUCCGCGUUCAUGACUUGGAGCGAUUUGUCCCAGCGCUUCUCGUCGAAGCCUUCAGCCCAAGACCAGUGUAUCUGUCUGCCGAUGGAUCUUUCAUUUCCUGAACUUUGUCACAGAAUGCUUUAUCUAGUUGGGUUUGGGCUGUUGGUCUGUAUAAACUGUUUGAAGAACGAUUUUUUUUGGACUGGCAUUAAUAGAAAUUCAAACGAUGACGAGAAAGAGGAAGUGAAUUGACAAGUUAAUGGAGGACGUCAUUAGUUAAUAAACAGAAAGAACGGGAAACCUUCCACAUCAUGGAAAUGGGAAAAAUAGAAGUAUUUAGAGCAAUAGAAAUUACGCUGACACUGCCAUUUCACUUUGUUUGAGUGGAUUGAAGAGUUUGUGGUGACCAUGUAUUUAUAUAUUUCCUCCAGUUACCCCGGUAACUCAAUUAACUAACUAAGAACAUUGCUAGCCUAGUGUAAUUUAGCGGAGUUACCCAUCAACUCUAACUCAGUAUUAUUAUCCAUGUUAUUGCCUUAACAAUUAUUUUUAAUCAUCAACUUCCAUUGGAAUACUGUUAAAUAAGAAUUAGCUACACAUUAAUAUUUUUAGCACCGGCCUAGGAUAUUAAGUCAUUAAUUAACUCCAGUUGUCAUAAUCAUUUGCAUAUCUGUUAUACCGUUUAUUAUCUGGUCUCAAGA